AUGAGUUCUCAAGUUCCUGAACCACUCCUGCUCCAAGGUGCAGCAAUAAAAACAUUCGUUCUAACGCGUGAAGCCAACUGUACACACUCUAGCUUUGCACAGAGCCAGAUCUUGGUUGGGUAUAUGCGUGCACGGAGGACAGGGACAGGCAUGGCAUAUUGGCUGAAUACUGGGAACGAUUCCCGACUUACGUCCACUGGUCCAUCCAGCAACUUUGAGACCGGAGAUGCGAUUCACUUGAAUGAUUGGGUCGCGAAAGCCAUCGAAAGCGGACACUAUACGCCCGAGCAGGUGGAGAGAAUAAAAGCACAACGCGCAGAGGUUCUCAAGGCAAUCAACACCUACCACCGUGUGAACCACAAUUCGAGCCGUGCGCUGCCACCAUUGCCGCCUCAAGAGCUGCGGGAUCCAGAACAGGUAUCGAAAGAUACCUGUGCUGACGUAACUACGGAUUUGUUGCCUCCAACCGAAUGCGGCUCGCUCGCAACCGUCUAUAUCCCCAGCUGCCAUUUACGGGUUUGCCACACCUGCCUACCAAUCGCGGCCGAGCGAAGCUGGUUGAGCAUCAAUCGGGUGUGUACAAGUGGAAAUAUAUCAAAGGAUCAGCUCUUAGAAUCCCUGAUAGAUGUCGGAGUUAGCGUCGAUGAUGCUUUCUUUACCAGGAGGAUUCAGGAGAUGGAGUCCCUAGAGACCGGGGGACGGCCAAAUUGCGAUAUAGCCGAUGAGAGCGUCUGGGGUGGAGAGUAUUAUGAAUAUUAUGACGAACAUGGCGGAAGUGUAAACUCUGCAGCGUGUGCGGGUAAUGAGGCGAAUACCGAUGGCGAUAGCUACCAUGCAGUUUUACGGGACUAUGAAAUGGAAAGGGAGGGAGGCGACGAUGGAAAUGACGCCGAUGAAGCCACCGACGAAGCGUAUUAUGAAUCAAGAAGUCUGAGCAAGGUUUUGCAUCUUCAUUGGAGCCAUGUGGAAACAGGAGUAGCCGAUGAAACAACAACUCCAUUUGCACAGCAGAUGAGAUCUAAGAAUAGGCCGCCACUGGUACCACCGCGGAACAGCCGCUCAGCACAUAGCUUAUCUCGAAAGGCUAAGUUCAAGUUCACUGUCCAGCCUCGAGAGUGGGGAGUUGGUGGAGAUAGCGGUGAUCUGGGUCUCAUCUCCAUCGACAAACUGCUGGACACCACUGAUGGAGACAUUUUUGCCCACGUCUAG